AGCUGCAGCUGCAAACUGGCCAUAUAUACUUUCUUCCUCACUGGAAUGGAACGGCGGCGACGGCGACUGCUGCGGUGUAAAGUACAGCUGGAGCCCGCAUCGUGCUACCGGAGACACGCCGACGUCGCGUCCGAUCGAUGAUGGGAGGGUGGGGACGCACGACCUGUGAAUGAACAGCAGCCAGGUUACUACUACACUAGUGGUAGCCGUGUCCGCCUGUCCUGUGGAUGAGCGGUAGAUCUUUGUUGCUCUUUACUGGAUUGCAACAUGCCAACAUGGACAUGCCAAAUGCUUCAGUCCUUCUGGGCCACACGACUACCGGAGACAUGCCAAAUGUUUCAGUCCUUCAGUCCUCAAUUCCAAAUCAUCGCACUGCUACAUCGCACUCCCCAAGUUGUUGUGGUCAAGCCGGCCUCCUCCUCAAUUCCAAAUCAACGCAAGCUGCUCCAAGGAAUUUUUGAAGAGAAGAGACAUCGCCUAAUUCUCCAAAGACAAGGCAGAGGCAGCAAAGUAGUGCGCAGCAUUUGAAUCUACAUUUGAUCUAGUGCUACCACAACCUCUUAUUUGAAUAGAAGGCUAAAGGUGAAAGAACCCGCACAGACUCUUGUGUGACGGAAAUAUGGCAAGCGGAAGAAGAAGGGAUAAGGAUGCCUCCCUUAACGAGUAUGAGGAACAACGACUCGCAACCAUCGCAGAAAACAAAAGGCGAUUGGAAGCUCUUAAUAUCCCUACUUUGAGCAAUAUGAAUCAACAUGGUAGAACUACAAAAAGAACUAAGAGGAUUCAUAACACUAGUGAUGUAGCAACUGAAGGUCACAAUCUGCGUGCAAGGCCACAAAAGAAUUGUGUUGAAAAUGGAAAUGAACAAAUUAAUGAAGACCUUGGUUGUGAAUCAAUGGGAGAUUUCUUAUGUGAUAACGAAGAUUCACGCAACAACGCAGAAAAGAAGAGGAAAGGAAGGGGUAUCACUAGAUUAGAUGAAAUAUUUGCAAGGAAGCCCAGCAUGCCUAAAAUCAAAGUAGAACUCAAUAAAUAUGGUCAGCCUAUUGGGGAUAAUUGUAGAAGGUUUUCUAGUGCUCUUGGCUGCCAUGUGAGAAGGAAAUUAUCAGUUGGUUGUUCUGACUGGAGACUUGUGGAUCCUCAAAAGAAGUAUGAGGUGUGGGAAGAUAUGAAGAAAAUUUAUGAUAUCGAUGAUGCUGCCUUCAGUUGGUUUAUGGAUAGCGCCGGAAGGAAAUGGAAGGAUUUUAAGUCAACAUUAAAGCAUCAAUUUUUUGAUGAAAACAUAUCAGAUGCAGACCUAAAGGAAAGACAUAAAGGCAGAGUUAAUGAUGAUGAUUGGAAGUUUCUCACAGAAUAUUGGAGGUCAUCUGAAUCUGAAACUCGCUCAGAAAUAGCAAAAGAUUGUCGUUCAAAGGUGGGAAAUCAUCACACUUCAGGCAGCAAGAGCUUUGCUUGUUCUGCGCAUGAACUAGCUAAUAAACUAAGGCGUUCUCCAAGAAGAGAUGAGGUCUAUAUCAAGACACAUACAAGAAAAAAUGGAGUUCCAUCAAGACAUGCAGAACCAAUUAUUAAUAAAUUGAAAGCCAUAGUUGAAGCCCAUCCAGAGUUGAAGCAAAGAACAAUUCAAGAGGGCGAUGCAUUUGCUGCUGCUUGUGGAGAAAAGGAGCCAAGAGGACGUGUUCGUGCUUUGGGUUUAGGACCAACUCCCCAAGAUGUUGGUACACCAGGGUUGAAGUGUUACACACCCACAAGACUGCAGAUGGAAGGUUUGGCCCGUAAAAAGGCUGAAUGUGAGAAAGUAGCUCUUCAACAACGCAUAACUGAAUUGGAGGAGCAAAUGCAAGAGGAAAGGAUGGCAAGGGAAUUGCAAGAUGUGGAACUCAUUUCACAUAAUGGUUCAAAUUCACGACAGAAUGGGAGCCGAAGGUAUGAAGAGCAUGAUGUGGAAGCGCAUCAUGACGCUCAAUUUGUAGAAGAUGAAGAUUGUGCAGAAAAUCACAUCAAUCAUCACUGUGAUGAUGGUGAGCAACACCAUCAAAACGAUCCUGUUGGUGCAGCCCCGACAGUGCAACACCAUCAAAGCAGUCCUGUUGGUGCAGCCCCAACAGUGCAAUGCCAUCAAAACAAUCAUGUUAGGGCAGCCCCAACAAUUCAACGCCAUCAAAAUAGUCCUAUAGGUGCAGUCCCACCAAAGCAGCCUCGACGGUGCAUCACUACGAGUUUAGCCCACCCAGUCCCACCAAGGAAUGAGGCCCCCUCUCGCAUUCAACAUGAUGAACUUGUUGGAAAGGAUGUAAUAUUAUAUGCCAUUAUUGGACCUGAGCAACCUGUGGCUAAGGGAACAAUUAUUUCAACUAAUCCUAACACUUUGCUGGGAGGUGUGCCUCUUGGGAAAGAAUAUUGUGAAGUUAUUGUGAACAUUGUAUUGAAAAGGGAUGCCAUUUUGCCUUGCCCUUAUGGUUAUGUAGAGACGAUGGCUGAUGCUCAUCAAAUGUCAGUUGCUUGGCUUUAUAAGAGGAUGAAGAUUAGCAAGGCAUCAGGAUCACCCCAAGGUAUUGGAGGUGGAUGGCACUAGAGGCAAGCUGCAGUUGGACAAACAAGAGACUGACAUAGCAUUUUGUAGACAAUGAGUCCUGAUUUGUAGCUAAACAUGUCAUGGCAUGCCAUGUUAUAUGUAGGAUUUUUUGUUUGAGACUCAGAGAUGAAUCAUUUUGUAGAUUGAGUCCUGAUUUUGGUUAGCUAAACAUGUAACAGCUGCUAUCAUGAAUCCUAUUUUGUUGUAGCUAAACUUAUAAUGGCUGCUAUCAUGAA